AUGGACGCGGAGCGCUGGCUGCGGAGCCACGGGGCGCCGCCGAAGCCGCGCGCCGCGCCGCCCCUCUCCGAGAGCGCCACGGGGCCGCCGGCGCCGCCGCCGCCGGCCGCGGACGACUGCGCGCUCGAGACCGUCGCGUGCCUCCGAAGCGUCGUCGCCGCCCACGACGUCGUCGUCUUCCACAAGCCCCGCUGCCCCUACUGCCGCAAGGCGUUCGAAGCGCUGCGGCGCGCCGGCGCGGAGCCGCGCGCGAUCGACGUGUCGCGCCGGCCCGGCGUCCAGGACGCGCUCGCGGCGAUGACGGGCCGGCGGACGGUGCCGAACGUCUUCAUCGGCGGCGCGUCCGUCGGCGGCGGCGACGAGACCGUCGCCCUGCGGCGCAACGGCGAGCUCCGGCCCCUCCUAGACGCCGCGCGGGCGUCCUAG